AUUAUCUAUCACUUGAAUAUUAAUCCAUAAGUUAACAUUUAUUUGAUUAUAGGACUCAUAUCAUACGUUAGCAUUAUAAUAAUGAUAUUUUCCUUUUUGUUUGUGCUACUUGUACCUUUAGUAUGGUCAUUGGAAAUCCUCCCAACUCUAAGGGUCGACCUCCAGCCACCUGAAGAGUACAAUAGAUUGACUUCAAGAAAUGUGUCCACCUCCUGGAUUACUAUGCCUAUAGAUCACUUUGAUCCACAGAAUACGGAUACUUUUCAAAUGCGCUUCAUGUACAAUGAAGAUCUAUUUGGUGGGCCUGGGUAUCCAGUCUUCAUUUUGGUUGGUGGAGAGUGGACUAUAGCGGAAGGAUGGCUUCGAGGAGGAAAUAUGUAUCUUAUGGCCGAAGAAAAUAGAGGUUAUCAAAUAUAUACAGAGCAUAGAUAUUAUGGGCAAACGUUGCCCUAUGAAAAUUUCACAGCAGAAAAUCUCCGUUUCCUCAAUGUAGAUCAAGCAUUAGCAGACCUUGCAUUCUUUAUCAACGAUUUAAAGAAGCAGCCAAGAUUUGCCGAGAGUAAAAUAAUUUUAUAUGGCGGUUCAUACGCUGGAAACAUGGUGUUAUGGUUCAAACAGCGAUACCCUCAUUUAGCUCUUGGUGUUGUAGCAUCAAGUGCACCCAUUGCGGCUCGAUUGGACUUUACAGGGUACUUGGAAGUAGUUCACGACGCACUUUUGUCUGAAGGCGGAGAUGAAUGUAUAUCAAUACUAAGACAAGGAAUAUCAGAUACAGCUGCAGCAUUACAGACUGAGGAUGGUAGGCACACCAUACAAACAACAUACAGGUUUUGCAACGAAUCAGUGUUCGACUUCGAUAAUCCUUUUGAUUUGGGAUAUUUCUCUGGCGCAAUAACUUGGCGUUUUUCUGGGCAAGUGCAGACUGCAUCCCCUGGUACCCUCCGUAACCUCUGCAAUAAUUUCAUCAAUAAUGUUUAUGGAACAACCCCGAUGGAGCAAAUUGCCGGCUACUUAGUGGGGCAAAGCUGUUUAAAUGUAAAUUUUAAUAUUUUGCUAAACGCAUAUUCUCAAAAUAAUAACAAUCGAGCUUGGUACUUUCAGACCUGUACAGAAUACGCAUAUUUUCAAACCGCGCCGAGAUCCGGUACUAUAUUUGAUCCACUAAUUUGGGUAGACGUGCCAUUUUAUUCUGAAGUAUGCAAGAGAAUUUUUGAUAUAAGGUAUGAUGAGUCGUUUACUGCUGACGCAAUUGAUCGUGUAAAUUUAAUUUUUGGUGGAACAGAACCCAAUGUCAAUAAUACUAUAAACAUACAUGGAAACAUAGAUCCCUGGCAUGUGCUCGGAGUUUAUGACAGAGAUAUAAAAGCAUCUUCGCCUACUUACACGAUACCGAGGGCAUCCCAUUGCUUCGAUAUGCAAAACUGGUUAAUCACUGAUACAAUUGAAAUGACGCAAACUAAGAAUACAGCACGAAGGAUAGUGUCCAGUUGGUUAUCUGACAAUUAAUAUCAAAAUUUACUUACAAGAUGUGAUCUCCUGUUUUCGUCGAUAUGUUUUGCAAAUAGUACAAUUUUUUUAGUGUUUUACGUAAAAUAAUCGUAGCUUUUUUUCAAGUUUAUACCAACAAGCAAUUAACUGUUGUUUGCGGAACUAAAUCUAUUUUUUGAUAAAUAGAAUUACUAAAAUAAAGUUUACUGACAAAACUGUAA